CAGGACUCGCAGUGCCAUGAAUGGUCAAAUCGGCAACGGUAUGACGGUGGCAGUGUUUGGCGUCUUUGUGUUCAUCACCGAACUCUUUUGUGCCUAUUGUCAGACCACAGAAGAGCUGAUUUGGUCAGCUGCUGAUGCCGAAGUGUUGCCUCCUAUGAAGCUUGCGCGCUGGAAGUUGCAGCCGGAAGCAAAACAGAAGGCUACCGCCCAUCGUGCUGUGCCAAAGCCUAAGCAGUCUACGAAUUCUACGAAGCCUUCGAAGAAAUCCUCAAAGAUUGUGAAAGCGAAGGUCGGCAAGGGUGGCAAAGUGAUCAAGAAACCUGCGUCCGCCUCCGCCUCCUCAUCAAGCAAGACGGCGCAAAAGUGAGAGAUUCUUAGGGCACGUGCGCAGCACGCAUUUUCCCUUUUGAGUUUUGUGCUUGCCUUUGGUGGCGGUGUUGUAAUGUCGUAGCUGCGGCAUUCUUCGAGG